CUGCCAUCAGCACCUGCUAAUGGGGCUCUGGCUGGAGUGCGGGAGGCUGCGGCUAACCAUGGGGUGCGCGGGCUGAAGUUCGGAGGUGGCGCGUGCGGCUGCAAGGGCCUUCGGCGGGCCUCGCCUCCAAGAGUUCUGCAGAGCCUCGGGCCGGCGGGAACUGCAAGAAAUAUCGAUGCCAUGUCGUGGUGCUGUAUCGCAGUCGCUAUGGGCAGCGUGAGGCCUCUCCUGUCCCUUGGCAGUGCGACGCUCGCGUGUGCCCUGCUUGGCUCGGUAGGGUGUAGGUGCCUAGGUCGCCUCUGCCUCAGCGGUAGGCCUCGGUCUGUGGCUGAGAGGGGACCGAGGGCCUGGCUCGCAUCCAUGCUUUGCGGUUGUUAUUUUUGAAAAAAAAAGAAAUGUAUAGUGGAGUUCACAAGAAGUUCUCGUUUCUGUGUUAUCGUGAAGCAACCACUGCUGUUACCCACCAAGUACCCUUCAUUCUCUUUUCUGGAGAUGGCAGUGGCUUGGCCAGUGUGCAGUCUGCUGAUCCAUGUUGUCUGAAUUGCCAUAACUCUGCUUUGCCUGCCUGUGUUUGUGUAUGAUCCAUAUAGGCAAAGAAAACAAAUGUCUAGUGCCUAAAAUAAGAGGAGUUCCUGCUGAAGUCCAGGAUUAUGGAAAUAAUGAGGUGGCUUCAUUGAGGUAGAUUUAUAUGAACAGAUCUGUAAAUUGCAUGCAUAUCAUGUGAGAUGCAUCUAGUGUCAGAAGUUGAUGAGGUUAAGUCAGUGGUCAACUGAGUCUCCCAAGAAAAUGCAAGUAAAUAACUGAAUUAAUCCAGUUUCCAUCACUCAUCUAUGAGCCUGCAUGUAAGCAUCAACUUGGAUUGCUUCCGUCUGCCUGCCUUGGCUUCUUGUUUUUUCUCUGAGGACUCUUGCUCCAAAGCACAGAAUUCUGCUAAACCUCUUCAGGUUUGAGAACCUCUGCAACUCCUACCCCCAGCUAUGUUUGCUGUAUAAGUGAGGAAGGGCCAUCAGGUUACAAGCCUACAUGUCUCUUUCAAAAGGCUAGUCCUUUUGCCACGGAAGCUGAAGAAAUGAUGGAAUGUAUCCAGGAAUUCCCUGAACACUAUAAAGUUAUUUUGGAUAGACUGAAUGAACAACGUGAGCAGGACCAGUUUACAGAUAUAACUCUGAUUGUUGAUGGUCACCAUUUCAAAGCCCAUAAGGCUGUUCUUGCUGCCUGUAGCCAGUUCUUCUACAAAUUCUUCCAAGAUUUCACUCAGGAGCCCUUGGUGGAGAUUGAAGGUGUAAGUAACAUGGCAUUUCGUCACCUAAUUGAGUUCACCUAUACAGCAAAACUAAUGGUCCAAGGUGAGGAAGAAGCAAAUGAUGUUUGGAAAGCAGCUGAGUAUCUACAGAUGUUAGAAGCAAUCAAAGCACUUGAAAUCAGGAACAAAGAAAAUUCAUCACCCUUGGAAUCAAAUCAAAUGCAAGGUAAAAAUAAACCCAAAAAGAGGAAGAUAGCUGAAACCUCUAAUGUUAUCACAGAAACACUGCCAUCUGCAGAAUCAGAGCCUGUUGAAAUUGAGGUUGAGAUUGCUGAGGGGACAAUUGAAGUGGAAGAUGACAGCAUUGAAACACUUGAAUUAGCUUCUGCAGAGCAACGUAUAAAGUACAUACAGACAACGGGUACAUCGGAUGAAUCUGCCUUGGCUCUUUUGGCAGAUAUCACCAGUAAGUAUCGUCAGGGAGAGACAAAAUGCCAGAUCCAAGGAGAAGGUGAUAGUGCAACUGAUCCCUCGUGCAAACAGGUAGAAGGUAUUGAAAUUGUGGAACUUCAGCUGUCACAUGUGAAGAAUUUAUUCCACUGUGAGAAAUGUAACCGUUCAUUUAAAUUGUUAUACCAUUUUAAGGAACACAUGAAAACACACUCUACUGAGAGUUACAAGUGUGACACGUGCAAUAAAAGGUACCUACGAGAGAGUGCUUUGAAACAGCACCUCACCUGUUACCACAUUGAUGAAGGUGGUGCCAGCAAGAAGCAAAGACCUGGCAAAAAAAUACAUAUAUGCCAGUACUGUGAUAAGCAGUUUGACCACUUUGGACAUUUUAAAGAACACCUCCGGAAGCACACAGGUGAAAAGCCAUUUGAAUGUCCAAACUGCCAUGAACGUUUUGCUAGGAAUAGCACGCUCAAAUGUCACCUGACGGCUUGUCAGUCUGGAGCUGGAGCUAAAAAGGGAAGAAAGAAGCUGUAUGAAUGUCAGGUUUGUAACAGUGUGUUUAACAGCUGGGAUCAAUUUAAAGAUCACUUGGUAAUACACACCGGUGACAAACCCAACCACUGUACCUUAUGUGAUUUGUGGUUUAUGCAAGGCAGUGAGCUGAGAAGGCAUCUCAAAGAAAUGCACAAUAUUUCAGAACGAAUAGUAACAGAAGAGGUUCUCCCAGUGGAAGCUGAACCAGUAACAUCAAUGACUAUAAUAGAACAAGUGGAACAAGUCCAUGUCCUACCAGUAAUUCAGGUACAAGUGGAUCCUGCACAAGUAACUGUGGAACAGAUGCACCAGGAUCUCGUACAGGACGAUCAAGUGAAAGGCACACAGAUGGAUGAACUGCAAGAACAGGUGCAAAUCAGUUACUUGGAAGUUGAACGCAUUCAGACUGAACAAGGUGCUGAAGUUCAUGUGGAGCAGUUACAUGUUGAGCAUGUAAAUCAAAUACAGAUGGAAGUACUGGCAGAACUUAUAGAUGGAACAGACCUGGAACAAGUAGAAUAUGAAAGCAUUGAUCAAGGAGAAGCAGAAGAAAAGGAAACUAGUCAAGUAGAUGAUAAGAAAAAUCAUGAACAAGCUGAAGACUUAAAAACUCCACAACUAGUGGACACGCAGAAUGAAAAGAUGGAUGACUAGGACAACCACACCAUGCAGGUUUAGGAAUGAAAUACUCAAUUAUUUUUGUUAGCUUUUACAUUGGUUUUUGAACCAUCAGUGGUCAUCUUUCCAAUAUGCUGUCCUUGGGAAGCUGGACAAGUGGACUGAAGUUAACUUUCUUCAUGUGCAACUAAACUUCUCUCAUAUGUGAAAAAUAACUUUCCCAUUCAUGUAAUACCAUGGAACAGAAACUACCGCAGGCAUGGACAGCUUUGUGAGGAUUUUAAUAAUGAAUAGCUUGUAUCACUGUUACACCAUCCCUGAGUAUAUGUAAGAGUAACUUCACCUCUUUUCCUCUUGUCAUAGAACCAAGCUCUUGUUAUAGAUUUGCAGGGUGUCUGUGGCAGAAGAAUCGGUAAAAUCUGGUGGGUUCUAUUGUAAGUGGCCAAUUGGAUACAUGUGAAUUUUCUGGACAUAUCAUUUGCUGUUUCCUAGUAGUGGUCCCUAACUUUCAGGCUGGGGAGAAAUCAUUGUUGCUGGAGGUCUUGGAGAACAAAAAUCCUGUGCCUUUUCAAUACUUUUUAAAGUUCCUAGAGUGUUCAAGAACCUAGUUUAGUAAAAGGCAAUGUAGGUAAUGUUAUAGUGCUUUAUAUUUUUGCUUAUAAUUGGCAGCUACUGAUAUUUUAAUUUUUUUCCCCAUUAAAUUGAGGGGGAGGGAGGAAACAAAUUUCACAUGGAGGCAGCAGGACACUCUAAAAGGGAUGCUUUAAAUUAGGAAAAGCUCAGUAGAAUCUGUGGUAAACAUGAGAUAGAAGACAGCUACCAGAAGACUCUUCUUCUAUAAAUCAUUUAUGAAAAUGAAUAUUUUUAAACAUAAGUAUAGAGAAGACUUGUCUAUAUGGUAUCAAGUUCCAGUUUUUUUGAAAUUAAAUUCUGACACUUGACACAAAGAUGUUGUACUAAAAGUAAAAGCCAUAGGUAUGAGUGCUAAAAUGUGGACUGAAAAUUAGAAGCGUAAAUAUUUUAAUCAAUAUUAGACAAUAAAACAAUACCAGCCAUGAAAUAUUGCAUUAUUUUCUUAAUCUAAUAAAUUGGGAGCAACUGAGUGACUGGCAAUUACAGUGCCAGCUCCCAGUGACAAGACUUGAUCUUAUUUUAAUAAGAUUAAUAGCUCAUUACUAUAAAGUUACAUUUGUUUAGAAAAUAUUUGUCUAGCUCUGUUUAAGGAUGCGAAGGACUUCUAAUUCUCAAUUAUUGCCUUGAGAUUGGAGGUGCCUCCAUACUUCCGAAAACCUUUCUUUUUGAAGCCUUAGCUGAAGGGAAGAAUUUUUGCAAGGGCGUUCCCUUUUGGUAAUCCUGUAGUUCUUAGUUAGAAUCAAGCUUUUCUAUUCAGUCUUCUCCAAAUGCAGAGUUAUUUCCUGAGAUUUGUGCUUUCAUUUAGUCUCAUUCAAAAUUAUUCUUGUGUUUCAUUGUAGCAUAGCCUUCUAGAAACUAUUGCAAAACCAACAUGGAUCUCAAUUAAAAUUUCAAUUUGAUUAAUGUAA